AAAAGGACUUCCGGACGCUGAUGCAGGCCUAAUUAGCGCGACAGACAGAGCAAACAUGACGAAGUUAACACAGUGGCUUUGGGGACUGGCUCUCCUGGGCUCUGCAUGGGCUGCCCUGACCAUGGGAGCUCUGGGUCUGGAGCUACCUUUACCCUGCCGGGAGGUCCUGUGGCCACUGCCUGCCUAUCUGCUGGUGUCCGCUGGCUGCUAUGCCCUGGGCACUGUGGGCUAUCGCGUAGCUACAUUUCACGACUGCGAGGACGCCGCCCGAGAGCUGCAGAGCCAGAUCCUGGAGGCCCGAGCUGAUUUAGCCCGCAAGGGCCUGCGCUUCUGACACCUGAAUCCAUUCCAGUUUGGACAUCUUUCCCCAUUAAAAUGCAGUUUUAUUUUCUAA